AUGUUCAUAAAUACCCUUGUCGAAGGAAAAAUCCCAGUAAAAGCAUUAAUUGAUACAUCGUCGAAGUUUAAUACCAUUAGCAAGAGCUUGUUCGAUAAGCUUAAAGAAGAUUAUGGAAUACGUGAUCCUGUUGAGAAUCUCUAUGGGGAUGUAAUAGUGUUAGGACAAGAUUGGUUAUGGAUGCGUGAAGCAAAAAUUAUCUUUGGAUUUUCUCUGGAAAAUUCCAGCUCUAGUAAAAAUAACUCAUCUAGCCAUAAAGUGACUGCUUCCAGCAAUUUCAGGUCCGUUAGGGAUAACUCUUCUCGCCAUCUAUCUGCAAAAGAUAUUGAAUGUGCAAUUAAAACUGCAAUAGAUCCCCUUUCUUCCGAUCUCCACAAAUCCCAACAUUGUCACCGAAAAAAGAAAAAAUAUGGAAAGGCCAAAAUCAUCAAAACUGUUUUAAUAUCUGAAUCCGAUUCUUCUGAUAGUGAUUCAGCUAUAAGCUGGCACACAUCAUAA